AUGACAAGUAAUUUAUUACUAUUAUUUAUAUUUGUGAUUAUAACAUUGUCUUUUUCCCUUAAUGAGGAUAACACCUCUGAAAACGUCAAUCCUUUUGUACCAAGUUUAUAUAACAAUGGUAAUGGUAUUCACGAUCAAAAUAAACAAAAGGAUUUAUUUAUUAUUAAUGGUCCAUUAGUUUUCCCUCAAGAAGAUUUGGCAGAUCAUGUAUAUGUUUCCAUAACACAAGAAACUAUUUAUAAAUUCAAAGCAUUUUUAGAACUAGAGUGUAAUGUUAAAAUAUAUGAUUUAAGUAAUUUAACUAAGGAAGAUUUUUUAAAAUGGGAUGAAUAUAUUGUAAUGAAAUCUAUUAAAACUCUCCUAUUAUAUGACACAACAACUGGAAAGGAAAUUGAAAAUAAAACUGCACAAGAAAAAAAAUUUGAAAAAGAUAUCACUUUUAAUGCUUUUGUACCAAAUUGUGAGGCUUUAGAAAGUGAACCAGUUGAUGAGGAACAUCUAAGUCGUUCCUCUGACUUGUAUUGGUUAAAGACUAAAAGAAGUGAAGCAGAAAGAAUAGAAUUUGAAGAUAAAAUAAUUGGAGUAGUUUUUGAUGUUCAUCAAUCUGAUAUAUGGGCAGGGGUGUUAACUAACGACUUGCCAUAA